AUGGGAGACCCCAAGUCAAGACACAGACCUAUAAGUUUCGACCGCGCUUUCGCUUCCUCCAUCGCAUACCCCCAUCGCAAGACCCUUCCAGCUGUUCGUAGAAUCGCACUAUGGGAACCAGAGGCCUACGGUAAGCAUCAACAUCUAGAUACUGUCCGAGCCACUCGCAGACCACUGACCGUUAUCUAUAUCAUCAGCGUCUAUCGUCAUCGAGGGAAAUUCUUUGCAAUUUACAACCAUAGCGACUCAUACCCAGCAGGUCUGGGUGUGGAAAUGGUGGAAUCUAUCCCUCGCGACCCCUCUACGUAUGCAACAUGGCUCGAGGAAACGCGGGCGAAGUAUGAUCGCCUCGGCGACGAGACAUCCGAGCGCCCGGGCGCCAAAAGCGACGAUCUGCAAAUCCACGAAACACGGCCGACGACGGAUCUCUUCGUCGAGUACGUAUACGAGAUUGAUCUUGACGAUGAGGUCUUCUGGAUGAACGCGAUGCCCAUGUUCCGCUUGGAUCGAAUGCCGAGCCCAGAGGUGUUUCUCGAAGUGCGCGGACGCGACAGCUAUGGUCAGUACGCGCCGAAGGCGAGCAUGCCAGGCGAGCAUGCAUGCCAAAUCGCCACUCCCUCCCAGACGCCCAGCGAAGAAGACCUCUCAUCAUACACCUCUUUCCUCAAACAUGCGCUAGCACCAUCUCCUCUUGCCGCUGACGUCUGCGCGCUUCUUGGAGUCUCCGAGGAGCCUUCCGCAGGCGAACACAUUCGAAUUGCGUUGUACGAAGUUAUCACAGGGGGGCUGAUGUCCAUCACUGAUUUCAAAACCGUCCUUCUCAACUCGCAACUAGCACGUGCACCACUGACCCACCAACCAUGGAUCACCCAAACUGCGAAAAAGCUCGUCGUGCGUGCCUUCGUACCUAUGGUGUUCCACAGCGAUGUAGAGCUCUCGGUGGAGGACCGCGUCGCGGAGCUGGAAGAUGAGUCGGGGGCGGGAGGGUUGUUGUGGUUGACGUCGGAUGUCUGCUUUGGAGCGGGCUUCCACCUGGACUACGACGACCACCUACGUGCGUCUAUUGGGAAGAUGGUGCGUGACAUUCGUGAGACAUCCCCGGCCAAGGGACUCGUCUACGGUGUCCUUUGCUCGGUUUUCCACAUCGUCAUUGUCAAGGUCGACACGGCUCCCGGGGGAUCAUUCGAACACACCUCCGCUCUGCAAUUUCUACCAUCGCGAUUCGCCGAGUCACCGUCGACGCCAGGCAUCACCGCCUUAUUACGGUUGGCGUUUCGAGAAGAUAGCACGCUGUGCGAGACGGUCCUCAGCAAAUCACCGUUCAAGUCCGAGCCCCAGGCCGAUUCGCCAACAUACGUCGACAGACUUCAGCCGGAACUCGUCGCCCGUGUCGCGUCUUUCAUUCCAGACUUGCGGUCCCUCCUCUCUUUCGCGACGUUGAGCGACAACACGAAAGCUCAAGUGAGCCCCGAAUUCAGGUUUCCGUUCAUCGGUCAUCAUCACCUUCUCGAGGCAUUUGUAAAAGAAGAUCAGUCCCUUCGUCAGCGCCUGAGAAGUAGGUCAUUCGUUACAAGGGAUGACGAUGGUGAUACAAAAGUGUGUCAAAUUAAUGGUGCACGUCUUGUUCGCAUGCCGUGGGAGGACUCGCGCGAAGUAGAGGGUUGCUUCGGGAUGUUUUCGCAUGACACGAAGAAGGCAAACUAUGUGCUCCAGGUAGAAGAGAGAAAAGCGUAG